GUUUAGGAGAAGGAAUAUAUUUUAUAGAAAGUGAUUUAGAUAUUAUGUAUGUAAUCACGAACGUGGACGUAGUGCAGAAUGAAAGGAAUAUCAAACAUCCAAUACGAAAGACAUUUGUUAUGGAGACAGAUGUUGAUCAUCCUGGCUUUACUAGACUCAGAGUGUUAGCAAACGAAAAGGGGGAAAUCGUCCGUGAAACAUGUCCCGACUGUCCUCCAGGUACAUGUACCGUUAAACGGUCAUAUGUAUCAGUAAACAGAUUUCUUGAUUAUUUUAAGCAAUUAUUUUCACAAGUGCCGGAGACAGUUUUACACGGGCCAUGUUUUUCAAAUCUACGAAAUACCGUUGAUUAUGCUUACUGCCUAAGGAGUAAGUAUCUACCUCACAUCGCAAUUCCAUGGGCAUUCCGUCAUAGACUGCAAUGGCCGCCUAAUUUAGUUAUUGACAGGAUCAUACAUUACGGAUGCUUGUUAGUGCCAAUUGGACCUAAGACUAUAACGGAUAAUGACUUAUUAUGGAGAAUAUCUUUCUCAAUGGCAGAAAAAAUACUUGUACAUUCGUUUAAUUUCACUCAACUCUUAUGUUACGGUCUACUGAAAUUAACAUUAAAGCGUAUCGUUAAUACAAACAAUGAUGUCAAAGAGUUAUUGUGUUCCUACUUUCUAAAGACGGCUUUAUUCUGGGUCUCAGAGGAAGUAGAUUAUGACACAUUUCAAUUACCUAAUUUGUGUUAUUGUUUUUCUCUCUGUCUAGAUAAAUUAAUAUCAUGGGUAGACACCUGCUACUGUCCAAACUAUUUCAUACCUGAACACAAUAUGUUUACAGGAAAGGUCAAUCUGAGUAACAAUAAGAUCCUACUAUGUGUACUUGGAAGUAUUAAAUCUGGAGGGAUUGAUGGAUUGAUAAAGAAUUUAUUUCAGACUGACUAUGAAAAACACCGUUUAUUAAGUAAACAGUGUGAAUCUUCGACAGUUAUGUCAAACUUCUUAUUUUACAGGACAACUUAUUCGAUGACUUUACCAACAGACAUUUCAAGUUGUUAUAAAGGAUUUGCAAUUAUGCAAUCUUUACUAAAUUCCGAAUCGUCUACAUUUUUUAUUGAUGCAUGUAAAUAUUAUUAUGCUAAAAUCAGUCAAAAUGUUGCUCAAUUGCUACCACCGUCAACAACAAUAGGUGAAACAUACAACUUACGUAAAUGUUAUCAAAGACAUUUACGAGACGGCAUCAAGACAGAUGCCGUGUCAGGUUGGUUGUUAUACGCGUCGUUUUAUUAUGUAACAGGACAGUUCAACAUUACACUCAAACUAACGGAUUAUAUUCUAUCAAGAUGUUCACCUGAUAUGACGUUUGUAGGAACUCAUCAAAAUUGUAAUAUACAUAAAAAUAAUUACAGACAAAAUGUACAUUCUUCAAUGACAUUGAAUGACAAGAUGAAAAAAGCUACUGUAACUAAUGUCAUGUACUUAAGUCACUCACCAUUAUUACCAGAAGAACUACAACUGGAUGGGAGUGAACAAGGAUUAGUGAUACCUCCUGUUGUAAUGUCUCACUGCCUUAGAUAUCUCUGCUAUCAUCACCUUGGUGAUAUUUUUAAUAGACAACAGGCUUUACAUGAUUUAUAUUUAACAGUGACAAACAGAUAUUUUAUUCAACCAAAGGAAAUGUCUGAUUCAUUAACAAUACUUGGAAUAUGCUAUGAGAUAUCCGGUGCUAGAGACACAGCUUAUCUUUGCUAUGAGACAGCUUUGAAAUGUGAUUAUCGUAUAUCUAGUAUAGCAGAAAAAAGAAAAUCAAAACUGGAUGGCAACUAA